UAUAGAUGACUAACGAAGAUCCCACCUGUGUCGUGAAAAUGCUACAAGACUUAAGAUCCGGAACUGAAGCUUAUAGACGAAGCAGCGGAAUUCCGUUACGCCUCUCUGGAGAUCCUCCACUAAAGAAAAGUUUCAGGGAUGAAGAGUCUAGAGCAUCACCGAAGCGUCCUAGACUAGACGAAUCUGCAAAUUCGACUACAUCGGAAUUGGUACCCAAAAGUCCAUGGGAAUGGAGGCGAUUCAAAGGAGAGAUAUUUUAUCUCCCAAGCUAUUUCAAACCAAUCACGGCCUCGAGAGUCAACAAAUGUGUCAUUACGAAAUCUUUAAAUUUUAUUCGCAAUACUUUCCUACGAUUAAAAUUAUUACAUAAAUGUUGUGAAAAUCAGAUUGAACAUGAUUUCUUAUAA